UAUAGGGCAGAACCAGCUUGUCGACGUAUGUCGUGUCGUGUAUGGAAACUUCAAAAUGGUGGUCAUCAUAAAAGUAGUUGAUUUUCAGUAAUGAAUUUUCCUUACAUCUUCCAGUAUAUGCAUUCAUUUUAGACGAUUUUUAUCAUUUCGAAAGCAACCCACCGCGAAUAACGCGUUCUAAUAAACCAGUGCCUGUUAUACAAAAGUAAGUGUUGGCAUUUGUUGUGUCUGACGCAUAGCCGGCGCGCCCAUGUAAAAACAUUUUUUUCUUCCGUAUAAAAGCUCCAGUGUAUAAUUUGAGACCGUGAUCGUUACAGGAAGAAUGUCUUCUGACGAUGAAAAACCCCCAGCACCCCCUGUGCGGUUGACGUCGAACAGAGGAACGGAUUUAGUGAACAGUUCCAUUGCUGUGGACAGACCCCUUCCCAAAGAGCCAGACGAUGCUGAUAGGAAAAAGAAAAAUCUAAAGUUGAAAAAAACAAACAAAUUGUCUACGUAUGCCUCUGACAAACCAAAUAUAUCCUAUCCUACUAAUUUUGAACAUACAGUACAUGUUGGAUUUGAUCCUGUGUCUGGGGAAUUCACGGGUAUGCCAGAAGCAUGGUCGCGUCUACUACAGAAUUCUAACAUAAGCAAACAGGAGCAAAAGAAAAACCCACAGGCUGUAUUGGAUGUUCUGAACUGGUUCGAUAACAGCUCCAAGGAACCGCCAAACACCAAGUAUAUGACCAAAACUACUACAACCACCCAUUCAGGUUCAUCGCUUAGUCGAGUAUCGAGUUCAAGUCCGAGCAGUACAACCCCAACUGAUGCAGAAGGUGGACCUCAAUCGUACCAUAGUCCUACGCAUGCGACUAGCUCAGAAAUUGAAGAUGAAGCACCACCGCCUCCGAUCGCUAGUAGGCCAGAGCGCACUAAGAGUAUCUACACUAAACCCGUGGAAGACAUUCAUCCGGCUUCGUCGGCGGCCGCUUCUCACCCGUCUGCAAUCGCUCCGCCCACAACAACACUGACCCCUCCUUCGAGCGUAAGCCCCUCCCAUCACGCGGCAGCCAAUGGCAGCGGAGGAGGCGGGACGUCGCAAGCGCCCGCCCCCUUGGAUCGCAACAAGAACCAGCAGGCGCAGGCCGGUUCGGAGCCGAUGUCCAGGGCGGCGUCGGAAAAGCGCAAAAAGAAGAUGACCGACGAGGAGAUACUGGAGAAGUUGAGAAGUAUCGUGUCGGUCGGAGAUCCGAACAGGAAGUAUACGAAAUUGGAGAAAAUUGGACAGGGUGCAUCUGGAACAGUGUACACAGCAUUAGAAACAGCGACUGGAGUAGAAGUAGCUAUAAAGCAAAUGAAUUUAUCAAUGCAGCCUAAGAAAGAACUGAUUAUUAAUGAAAUUCUAGUCAUGCGAGAAAAUAAGCAUAGUAAUGUCGUGAAUUAUUUAGACAGUUAUUUAGUUAAUGAGGAACUCUGGGUUGUGAUGGAAUAUUUACCAGGUGGUUCCCUGACUGAUGUAGUUACAGAAACGUGUAUGGACGAGGGACAGAUAGCCGCCGUCUGUAGGGAAGUCUUACAGGCGUUGGACUUUUUGCACUCGAAUCAAGUCAUACACAGAGAUAUCAAAUCGGACAAUAUUUUGUUGGGGUUAGAUGGUUCAGUUAAAUUAACUGAUUUUGGUUUUUGUGCUCAAAUAAGUCCGGAACAGUCAAAACGAACGACGAUGGUGGGUACACCAUACUGGAUGGCACCAGAAGUCGUUACGAGGAAACAAUAUGGGCCUAAGGUUGAUGUUUGGUCUUUAGGAAUAAUGGCUAUAGAGAUGAUUGAAGGUGAACCACCCUACUUGAAUGAAAAUCCUCUCAGAGCUCUGUACCUUAUAGCUACGAACGGAAAGCCGGAUAUCAAAGAAAAGGAGAAGCUGUCACUAACUUUCCAAGAUUUUCUCGACAACUGUUUAGCGGUCGAAGUUGACAAACGAUUGUCUGCUCGGGAACUACUCAAGCAUCCUUUCUUGAAGCUAGCUCGUCCAUUGGCCAGUCUUACACCUCUGAUUUUGGCCGCGAAAGAUGCCGCUAAGCAACACUAGCGGUAGGGUCGGUAUAUUACCCCUAUUACCCCUAAAGACACCAUACGAGAGUUCCUUUAGUAGCAGUAUGCUUAGCGUCAAUAUAUGGCCGUUCGAUCGUCUAAUUCAGACAUGUUUAAUAAUAUUUUUUUCACUGAAAAAGUCAGUGAAGUUAUAUAUUAAUUUGCAAUUACUAAGAGGGAAGAGGAAGUUCCACAAUUUCAAGCAUGUAUUUGAGUGAGACACGCUUUUUUAUUGCAAUCACAUGUUAAAACUGUCUCGGUUAAACAAUCACACAAUAUUGCAGACUAAUGUAACUCGCGUAUGGUGUCAACAGUAUGGAAUAUGAAACUUUCGUACAUUGUGACAGACUAUAUGCCAUGUUACUAGAAGUGCAUUGAUCUAUAAAGGGUACUAGUUUUACCGACAUAUAGCGUAAGGUGAGGAGAUAGACAAACAUAUUAUGCGGUAUGCUGAAAUGGUACAAUCAAUUCAAGCUUAGGCUCUCCCCUUGUAUUUUGGAAACUAUCAUUUACUGUGGUGCUAUUAAAUAAAAGAAGCUAACAUGUACAAAGGGUACUAUAAAAGUUUUGCAAUACAGCUUUAUUUAUUGACUUCGUUCAAAAUAAUUUCCAACACAUUCAAUACACUACUUAGCUGUGACUGUCUUAUGUAUGUCCACAAUCCCGCUCGAUUUGAAAGAUACAGCUAUAUUUUUUUUAUUCAAAGAUAGUGAUUUUCUGACAGCUACGGGUGUGUCCUCAUCAUCAAAGACCCAAACUUUGUUUUGAGCCUUGCUCGGCACAUCGUAAUUAUAGAGAAAUGCUGUUCACAUACCGAGAUUGCCCCUUAUCAUACAUUUUCAGCAUCUUUCGGCACCAAGUCGUACGACGAGUAUUCUGCUCUUCAGUCGGACUAUGCUGUUCCCAGAGAGAACAAAGUUUCCUUACGUGUAAAUGCUCAUGCAGAAUUGAAUGAAUUGCUGGUGGAUGAAGGUGUAAGGUCUCCUCUGUCUGUUGGUGUGUCUCUCUCUGGUCUUCGUCAAGCAUUUUCCUCACAGCAGUAAUGUUUUCCUCUGUUACUGACGUUCGCGGCCUUCCUUCCCUCUCAGCGUCCUCCAGAGUUAAAUUCCCCCUUUUGAAUUAUCUGUACCAUCUAAAUAUAAUCGUACGAUCAGGACACUCACUCUAUAAUGUAAGCGUCAUUUCUUAUAAGCUCUGGUCUAUGCUCAAACCACGCGUAAAGUUAUACCGUAAAACUGCCCUUAUCUCACUACGUGACCAUGAUGCCAUAGAGUCGUUUUACACACAAGAGAAUUACUCCGAAAAUUAUGGUCAUAAUUAUGCCGAAAAUUUGUAUGAAAAAAAUAUUGAAGAUAUUCUCUACAACCUGUAUGACACAAGCAAACAAAAUUUCCGAGUAAUUCAUAUGAUACGCCUGGGAUUAUUAGAAUUCUACAUCUGGUUCUGUGCCAUGGCAAGACACAGCUGUACAAAAAAACAUUUAAUGAAAUAUUGAGUCAAAUAAUUAUUUCUAUUAUUGUACCGUAUUGUAUACAGAAAUAAAAUAAUGAAGUAUCCAUUUAAUGCUCUUUAUUUAAAAAACAUCAUUUCCUGCACCUUCGCAGGGCAGUAUUUAAUACUUCUACAAUUUGAGCUUCAACCUCAUCUCGUAUCUCACUGUCCGUUAUUCGGUCAAGCUUUGAGGCGACACAUUCCCCAAAGAUCAGGUUAGAGGAUUCCUCCCUGGUUUGUCCCAGUCUUUGGGAAAUAUUUUGCAAGGUACUUUUGACCUCCCCCAUAAGAUCCGUAUCAUAUUAUUUCCUUUUUCUUUUUUGGGGAGUAUUUCUUAUGCUCACCUUGAAGAGCUUCUAGAGUGGCUUGUCGAGGUGAUAUCCUCCAAAACCCCUGACGGUGAUACUGCCGCCGAGAGCACCUCCUCUGCGAAGGCAUCCGCAUCAUCUGCUUGUUCCAUCUGAUAGAAUAAAGUUUUCUGGUCUUAGCGAAAGUGGUAUAAAUAAAUAUUUACAUUAAAUUAAUGCUUGUUCCAUGACAAUGUAACACCAGCUUGUGAUUGGAAUGUUAUUUGUUACAUAAAUAAUAUGGAGCACAUGGUCAUAGGUCCAUUCUGUUAUCAUAAAUGCAAAAGUAUCGAUGACUGUCCAUCAAAGGUCAAGUGUACUUAGGUUUAGACAAAAUCACUGUUGAAUUCAGAUUUAAGUGAAAUUUGGGCUUUAGCCAUAGCGAAAUACGCAACACAACAUCGGCACUUGCCAAUGUUAUAUCUUGUUCUUGAACAUCUUCGCUUUCCAUAGAAUCAAAUGCUCCUCUUUGUUUGCUAUUGUCGAACACUUACCCAAUCAAAUUAUGAUACCACAGUGAUGGCUCCGUGAUCUGUGAAAAAUAUUAUUUCUAACACUCAAUCAAAUACUGUAAUGAAAUAUGCAAUCACAUAGAAAAAACUUACAUCAUCUGAACCAGCGCCACUUCUUUGCGAUUCCAAACAUUUUCACCUCUCCUUGCUGGCAUUUUGUUUCAAAGCUUGAAACUUUGCUUGUACAGGGUAUCCGCAAAGUUGGGGUUUUCCUUUUCAGAAACAACUACCCUUGAAAUAACAAAGGUAAUGUGUAGUGAAUCGAGGGCGACCAAGUAAAAAAAAUAAAGGAAAAAGUACUCACUCUCCAGUUGACGAGAAGGGCUAAGUACGUCUCUGCCUGAAAUCUAAAGUUAUUCACCCCAUUACGCGUGAACGUAGAUUCGUCUGUCACCAAUAUGCACUUCAAAAAGUCCGGAUUAUUGUCAUGUUGAUGCAACAACCACUCACAAAACCGCACUCAUGCUGAAAAAUCGUCAGGUUGAAGGGCUUGUACACGUUGGACGUUUGCCACAUUUUAGUUUUUGAUACUUGCACGUCUCUAGCCACGUCUCUUGUGCUUGUUGAGGGAUUCUCGUCUACGCGAUUCAGUAGUUCUUCCUCAACUUGCACCAUUCGUGGUUGUCUAGGCCUCCCACUGUGCCCACCUCGAAAUUCCUCCAAAUGGCCCGUAUCCCUGACUCUCUGGACCAGGUACACAAAUCUACGGGCCUUGGAUGAUGUCGUCUAGGGAAACGAUCUGCAUACACUCGCGACGAUUCUGUAUCAUUUUGAAGAUAUUCGCCAUAAAUUAACAACAUAUCAACGAGUUCAUUAUUGGUGUAUGAGUGUGCCAUUAUUAUUUUUUUUUUUUUUGAAACGCAAUCGAUUAUACGGGUUCGUUACCUCUAUACGCGUGACCCUUUACCGUCGGUUGAAGGUUGCAUACUGACCUGACACACUGACCCCGACCCCCGACCCAGUUCUGUCGUCGGGUUCAGCUAGUAGCCGGUACCAGUGUGAGAUAUCGCGGGUCGCGGCUACAGGACGGUAUUCAGAUAUUUUUGAUGUUGCAGUGUUGCAGAGCCCUUCAUCUCGGUUCCCUCAAGACAUUGGUGUAUAUGGUACUAAGAAAAAUUGCUUAUGUUUUCAAGAUCUACACGUCGUGUAAAGGAAAACCCCAACUUUGCGGACACCCUUUAUAUCCUGUGCUGUCACGUUAGGUUUCAAACUUCUCAAUGCUUCCAGCAUUGACGCCGCAAAUUUCUGUUUUUGGUGACUUCACCUUGUACAGGUUUGGCCAUUUUUGGUACUCCUCCAACAACAGUGUAACUUCUUCCCGAUUCCACGACAUUAUCAAUAAACAAUAACAACAAACGCUUCUUCGUACGACUUGAACAGGACCACACCCACAAAUGUUAAGUGAGGAAAUAACCCUCUGCGCCAAUUCUCGCGCAUAUUCUAUAGAACGGGUUUUAUAUUUUUACCAUGAAAAUUUUUACAAGAAUUCUUUUACGUGUAAUACGACAGCAAAAAUUUUCGGCAUAAUUCGGUGGUGUCGGAGAAAAACGGGAUAAGUCGCAUAUAUAAAAUUUUCAGUAGAUUGGUCUAUAGUUCAAAAUCUUACAACAAAUCAGGCGUUUUACUGAGUGAUAUUUUUUUCACAUGGAAAUAUAUAAAAAAUCAAGUCAUUUUGAUGGUACCAUAGAAUAUAUGUAUAUAUUUGACGUUUUAAAAAAAAAUCGACUUAUCCCUUUUCGAACUACCUGAAAAUCUACUUAUCUCAUAUGUCACGUUUUACUAAACAAAGAAAAUAAAAACUAACGCAGAAAUAAUGCCCUUUAUUAAUUUUCUAUUCGAUUUUUACAAAAUAAGCCAUGACUAAUAUAUUCCAGCAAAAAAAAAACAAAGUUAAAGGUUUCAAAACUUAAAAAAAACACAUAGUAGGAUAGGUAAACCCAUUAUUAUUCAUCUUCGUCAGAAGACUCCAAAUCUGGAUGUAUGUCAUCUGCCUGGUUCGUUGGAAGAUUUGUAUAAAAAUCCCAGAAUACGUCAGAAAUAUACGGCAGCAACUUCAUUAGAUUGUCUUUCUUCUUCGCGGUAAUAGGCACUAAUCCUUUGUACUGCAAUUCUGGAAUUAACUUUGCUAAUGAGCCCCGCUUCCUGAAUGAAAGGCACCUAUAACUUUCAUUGAUGCCCGUUUUAAAAUACAUUACCCCAAGAUUAUUUUUGUCGAUCAUUAUUUCUCGAAUAUCACGCCAGUAAAAGAGGUUUCCCGUUUCGUCUUUUUUCUUCACUUGAAGCUCUGUUUUUAGCAGUUUUGCAUAAUUAAAAAAUUUUGACUGGUCCAUCUCCACAACUUUGAAAGGAUGUUUUUUUCCAGUGCAUCGAACCAACUGAUGCCAAUCGCGAGGGUGAUCGAUUUGUGUCUCUGUUUUUUUCUGUUUCUUUUCAAUAAGAGCGUGAUCGGAGUCAGACUCCAUGUGUGUAUGGCCGGGCACUAAAAAUUUGUGUUGUAUUAUUUUCAAAGUUGGGUGAUAUUUCAAGCAGGCAAAAUACAUCGCUACAAUGUGUGCAUUUUUGUUUUGCCCAGUGCAAGAAUCUGAGUAAAGCGUAAUUUUUUCAAUAUCUGAUGGAAUGCUAUUUAAAAACUGAUCCGACUUGGUUAGCGCUCCUGCCCGCUAUAGCUUCAUGCCACAUGAAACAAUAAGCCUGAUCAUUGUCACAGUCAUGGACAGUUAGGUUAAAGGUCCAUAGCUGUCUUAAGUAGAAAGAAAUGCCUGUAGAAACCUUUGGAGUUGGCAGGCAUUGUUGUAAAUCAAACGUGACUGUUUUUGUCGUUGGAUCAAUUUUUGAUAAUCGUUUAUCUUCUGCCUUCAAUUUAUAAUAGUCGUCAGCUUGUUUCUGAUGGGUGUCUAAUUCGUGCUGAUACUUCAACUUUUCUUCAACGUUACUAGUCAACGUUAUCUUCAUUCUCAGACAGUCGCAUUUCCCACAAGUGUCUUUGCUUGGUUUCUUAAUUCCGAUAUUCAACGUGUGGAAAAUCUCUUCGAACUUUGUACGGCUAAUAACAACAUGAUCAGGUUCACUUAAGUAUUGACUGUAUACCAUAGCAAGUGUGUAGUGCGGUGGCAGAUAUUUUUUAUUGCUAUCUCGUCUACUAUAAUUGCUGCGGUAGAGUGGAAUUUUAAAAAAAAAAGAUGUGACGUUUUUUAUGUCGGCUUCCAUGUAUUUAUUUUUUGGUGGCUGUCUGCCUCGGCGAUCGCUUUCGUAUAUCCCACUAUGAUUUGUGUUUAAUUUUAGACUGGAUAACUCCAAAAACUUAUUCGUUUCUCCCAAAGUUUUCCGAAAGCAGACUUUGCAAAUUUGAUUUUCAAUUCCGUUCAAUCUUAAAAAAUAUUUUAGGGAAUAUUGACGAUUUUUGUUGUUCCCAGUUAAUUUCUUUUCUUUGGCAGAUGCUUUUUUCAGUUUUUUUAUCAUACUUGUGACAUAAGUGACACGUUUUAAAUGGGAACCGGCACCCCAAUAUUCAUUGAAGAUGAUCUGCCUAUCAGCAUCUGUGAAUCGUUCUCUGCAUUUCAUUCGGCAAUCAAGUAAUGGUUGGCAUACUCUUGCUUGUUUCGCUUUUCCUGACUCGGUAAUAUAUGCCACACCAAAGUUUCUUCUAGAUCUCCUCUCUAGUUUGGCAAAUCUUGUUUUUCCUUUAAUAGAUUUUCUCGUCUUAUGCUUUUCAUUUGACCUUGUCUGUUUGUUAGCUUCUUCAACUCCUGAUCUUCGGAUAUACUGAAUAAGAGGUGCAUCACUAUCGCUGGAAUCUGGACUGGAAGGCACAUAAUCAUCUUCGCUCAUUCCAUCAAAAAUUUGCUUGUAUUCGUCUGGUAAAGAUGGAGGAACACUUGAAUCAUCGGAAUCUAAAAAACAAAAAAUCCGUGAUCUACAUGUCAUGUAACAUUGAAAAAAUAUAUUUCAAUUUCCGAAUUUUUCGUGAUUAUAUUACUUCCCCGCUAAUUCUCGUAUGAAAUGAAAACAGAAACAUAUUAGGAUUAUUGUUCUUUUAGUAGCUUUGCCGAACAAACUCAUUCUACAAAAAAUUAAAUUUAUUAAUUUUACUCCUCAUUUUAUACCGUAAGUAUAUCACCUGUUGAUAAACAACUAAUACGUAACAAAUAAAUACAGUAAGAUCUAAUCUGUUUGAUAUUAAAAAUUUGAGGUUAGGUUUCUUUCAGAAACUCAAUACUCCGGAUUUUACUUACCAACUGCAACUGCCUGAUGAGGUUUACACAUAGACACAAUUCGCAAUCCCCUUGAGACACAUUUUUGCUCACCUAAGCUCAUUUUUUUAAUCGAUUAAAGCGAAACUUUCACGACUAGAACCAAUCAUGCUACGACAAUGCAACAGUAACUGAGAACAAAAAGGAAUAUGUCUAUUGUAAACAAUGAAAAGGUAUUUGGGCGAAAUGGGAUAUGUCAACUUAUCUCCCUUAGCCCACAGUGAAAUGCGCGAUCGUCUUGUACGUAAGGAAAUAAGUUGACUUAUCUCGUAUUGAACAAUUUUAAGACCAGUUUUGGACUUGACUCCAAAAGAACAUCAAUUUGGCUCCGUUGUUUGCGUUGAUAUGACUUAUCUCAUUUCAUCCGAAAGAAGAUAUGAUAUUUUAAAGUCUAGGCAUGGACAUAUCUCAUUUUGACCCAAAAACGACUUAUCCCCUUUUUCUCCGACACCACCGAAUUAUGACCAUCAUUUUCGGAGUAAUUCUCUUUUGUGUAAAACGGCUCAUUGUCAGCACUUUACACUGUCAAUACCCAUAGUCCGCACUUUACGCUGUCAAUACGAAUGAACAACUGAAUCAACAGACGUACUCCUGGCGGCUACUAUGCACUCAUGGACAUGUCUCAACAUGCAGCGUCCUGCCUCCGUUUGUUAAGUCAUAUUGCAAAACUUUUAUACUUGUAUUACUGUUACGUCAAACUCCAGCUUUAUAUCCCGUUGAAAUGAGAUGUGUAGAGGCGGAGACAUCGUGACAAUUAAUUUAGAAUAUCAUGCUGUUGUGGCUGCCGAAACGAAAGUCGACCUCUUCCUUGAGCACCUGUGCUUUUAGUUUUUAAUUAUUAGUUAAUUUCAACUAGGACGAAUCCGAAAGAUAACCACAGUACAAGUUUUAAAUCGUACAUUAGGCUACGAUAAUAUUUUUGUUAUUCUAGUCCCUUUAUAAAUGAGAUUCUAUAACUUUCAACUAUGCGUGGAUAACAAAGGUCUCUAAAUAUAAUUCUUACAUAUAAAUAGUGAUUAGUAAGUUUUUAUUGAAGACUUUUUCCAGUUGUGUAACCGCUUUGCAGUUCUAGUAAUAUAGGUUGUAAUAUCUUAGGGACGUAUGCAUUUAGUUGUGAAGUCGUUCGGAUAAGUGAAAGUAAGUAAGUAAGAUAUAAAUUAUUUUAAAAUGCUGCUGUCAUAUUCUGCGAAAUUGUUAUUGUCUAAAGCUUACCAUUAAAUCUUACCCUAGUGGCAAAGCUUUUAUUUGGUUUUGUUGCCACGUGCACAGACUGUGAAGUGGCGACAUGCAACUCAUAUAUUUUAUAUGGACCAGUAGGAAAUUGAGAUCACAUUGAGAUUGCCAUUUUCUGCACAUCUAACUCACAUUUUGGAGAAGGUAACUAAAUCAACUUGCGGGAUUUGAACCUACAACUGCUGUAAUCUGUACCAACAUAUCUGUUUGAUAUACUUCAGUCGUAUACAGAGCCCUGUCGUUUCUCUUUGGAAGUUUGAUGUAUUUGCAUCCCGUCGGACCUCUAGUAGCUGUUGUACAGCCAUGAACUUCAGUUAUAGGAUAUACGACACAGUACCGCCAGGUGUUGGUACAAAAAUGCAUCAUGUGGUCUCAAUUUUUUGUUUUGUGUUCAUUUCAACAAUUUAAUAUAUCCACUAAGAUUUAUUUGUCCUAAGUGAUACAAAGGCAUAGGCUUCAUGCAUUAAACUGUUUAAGCAGCAUCCGAUCUCAAGGUAUAUAAUGUGGACUUUUGCUUAACCGAAUACUUAUUUGAAGUGACAGGAGAUGGUGCCUAAUUUCACAAUAAUCGCAUUUUCAAGUUGUUCGUGACGAAUCAUUUUUUUUUGUCUAGCCGUGUCUUAGAUGGUGACUUUUGGGAGAAAUUUCUAAUGUAAAGUGUAUUUUCGUAAAUAUAAAUGAAUGUAACUUGUGAUAUCUGAAAAUAUUCAAUAUUGAUCGACUAAUACAUUGACACGUUACACUUAUUUAGCAUAUAAAAAUCUUGUAGAUAUGUUUUUAUAACAGUGUAGGCUAAAAUGCAUAUAUUACUUAUAUACAUUGUAUUUCUUAAAAAGAUUGCAGCCACAGAAAUACAUCACUAUAAUCUGCCAGCUAGAUAUUCAUAAUUAAUCAUAAUCUUAGCUAAGUGCGAAAAAACAACAAAUUUUUCUGUGGGAAGUUGCCCUUCUCGUGUGUGUUACCUAUUGUAUUUAUCAAUUCAAGCUGGAUAGAAUUGUUGUAACUGUGGCUGGAUUUUUACAGAUUUAUUAGCUUACUUUUCGAGAGUCACCAUUGAAUUAAUUUUUCUUUUAAAUACCCUGCUUUCGCUUUUUUAUCCAUUUUUUUGUCAUUUUAUUUAUACAAUUAGUUUAUAAAACGCUCCCAGUGUGCCAACUUUCGGUUUUUAAAAAAAUGUAUUUCUAGACUAUGUUUCAAUGAAUAUGCACUGGUGGACAAUCGACAUUAAAUGAUAUUAAAAGUUACUUCAUUGAGAGCAUCUGAACUAUUUUUUUUUUCUGGAGGUUCUGUAGAUGAGAGGUAAGCAAUCGUAAUUUCGAAGAUUGGAGUCUCGACUAAUGAGCAAAACAAUAUAAAGUUUUAACACAAACAUGGCCAUUUUCAAAAUAAAAAACAAAUCUUUUGUUGAAUGUUUUUUGCACCGAUAUCAUUAAAAAGUAAUAUUGAUUGUGCGCAAGUAGGCGAAAAAUUUGAUGAGCUUUUGCUUUCUGUUUCAUCUGUCUUCAAGACUAGACGUUAGACAUAUACCACACUGAUGAGUUGGUUAGUGAGCACGAAACAGUGCUGUCUGCAGUUGGUCAUGGUUACAGGAGAUGGAAAACAAACAUGAACAAACUGGAACCAUUUUUUUACAACUGUUUUCCUCAGCUACAGUCUAUUCAAAAAUUAUAGUGUGGAAGAUAUUUUCAGCAAUUUCAUGCCGAAAUAAUUUAUUGUGGGUACAUAACUUUUUCUGCUUGGUAGGUAUAUAACUUUUUCCAGAUUUCUUAAAUAUGUAACUUCAAUACCCUGUACCUAGACAAGAGAAUUGGCAUUUUACGACAUAUUGUCCGGAAAGUAAUGAGCUUUAUCUUUUCAAAAUUUAUUGAUCAUUUAAGUAAAUAAACUCAAUAUUCUUCGAAGUAGCACCGUCCUGCGUCAACACACUGUUAUCAGCGUGAUUUCCAAGCCGACUGGGAUACUGUUUAGGGACGCCGUAGCUUGAAUCUUGUCUGGGGUGUCCAGAUGCUGUCCCUUGAGGUCCCUUUUUAGUCGAGGAAACAAAAAGAAGUCCGCUGGGGCCAGAUCGGGACUGUACGGUGGCUGGGGCACCGUAGUGACACCGAUCCGGGUCAAGUAGGCGACGAUAACAAAGCGGUAUGGGACGGUGCGUUGUCCUGGUGCAGUUUCCAUGACGACCGAAUUUCUCUUCGGGCGAACGACCUUGUGGUUUAGUCUUUGAAGAACAUCUUUGUAAAAUUGAGCAUUGACGGUCUGGCCAGGGGGUACAAACUCGUGGUUCACAAUUCCCUUAGCAACGAAGAAGACAACGCGUUUCGUCAUCGACCUCCGCCCGCCCUUUCCGGAACGACUUGUGCCACUUUUUUACUUGUGAAUAUGACAGGUAGGCAUCCCCAAACUCUGUUUGAAGCAAAUCCGAUGUAUCUUUUCUUUCUAAAUGACGCUCAUUACUUUCCGGACACACCCUGUACUUCCACCAAUCGGUGAAUCACAUUGUCGAUUUCUUGAUAAAGUCUCAAUGGAAGACAAAAUUGUCCAUCUUUGUAUUUUAUCAAUCAUGGUAGUAUAAAUAUUCGUACUGAAUUUAUUUGAUUUUUAUGUAUAUAUGAUUAUUUCAUUCAGCUUUAUUAAAAUAAUGGACGUGUUGUGUAUAUUUAUUUUUAUAAUUAUUAGCCAUAUCAUAUAUGUAUGUUCGUUUUUAUUAUAUUUUUUAAUAAAUCUAGACGAUAGUAUAUUAUUAAAUGAAGUAAAAGAGCAGAAUUUAUAGAGUGAAUGGGGAUAGUGUGAUUGUACAUUUAGUAAUAGUAUUUUUGCACUAGUAUUUAUGGAAAAAUAUAUUGUGAUUGCGUAGAUAUAUUGUUGCCAAUGAAAGAUGAUAGCGAGU